AUGGCUGAUAAUCCUGAUAAUCUAGAAAUUAAAGAUAAUGACAGCGGUGGUAGUGGUAAAAAAAAAGAAUAUUAUAUUACAAUUAGCAAUGAUGGAGAAUAUAUAGCUAGACUUGAUUGUAGUAAGGAUGAAAGUUUAAGACUAAAAAUUACACGUCACGAAAAUUUUGAAUUGUUAAAUAAUGUCAGUGACAGUGAUAUAGGACAUGACAAAGUAAAGAUUUGUGAUAUUGUUAAAAAAUUAACGUUUUUAGAUGAACUUGAUCCAUAUGUAAAACCUUCAGAUGUAAAAGGUCCACAAAAAGAGGAUAAUAAAAAACAAAAAGAAAAAACAAAAAGGGGUUAUAGAAAACUAGAAGAUCAAACAAAAGAGGGUAAUGGAGAACAAGAAGAAAAAAUAGAAAAGGAUAAUAAAAAACAAAAAGAAAAAUCAAAAUUGAGCUAUAGAAAACGAGAAGAACAAACAAAAGAGGAUAAUAGCAAACAGGAAGAACAAAUAAAAGAGGACAAUAGAAAACUUUUAAUUUGGUCAUUUUCUAUAUCAAAUAGGAUUUCUUUUAAUAAGAAACCAACAAUUUUAGUGGCAAUUUCAAGAGUAGUACCAAAUGAUAUGAUUGAUCAUGAUAGACCAAAUAAACACUUACUUGAUAAACUUGAGGAAUACAAAAAACUCAAAUUAAAAUAUCAAAAUAUGAAAGAACUUUAUCCCUUGCAUACACAACCUUAUAAAUUAAAAACUCGAAAAUAUGGCAUUCCUACUUAUGCAAUUUCAUUGAAUAAUCUUUUACUAGCAUUUACACGUGGAAAUAAUGAUAUUAGAAUUUAUUCUAUGGAAUCAGGUCUUUUUAUUGCUUUAAAAAGUUUGGAUAACAAAGAUGAAGUUUUAUUUCUAGAAUUUAUACAUGAUGAUGAAAGAUUAUUCAUUGUUACACGAAAUGACACUAAUUUUAAAAUCUCUAUAAAAAUUUGGGAUAUUUUUAAUUCUUCUCCUGAAGAUUUUAAUAUUAAAUAUAAAAUUAACAACAAUAUCAUUCCAAAAAAAAUUGAUUGUUUGAAUAUUGCAAGAUCAAAUGGGAUGAUUUUUUUUGUUAAAGAAGAUGGCAAAGUUUUAAAUGUUCUUGAACAUAUUGAAUUCUUUGAAUUCAAAGUAUUUGAAAAUGAUGAUGACAAUGAUGGAAUAAAAGAAAAAUCAUUUACUAUAUUUAAAGAAUUCAAUGCAAAUUCCAACUAUUCAAAUCAUUGGUAUCGUUGUGCAGACAAUGAUGCUGAUAAACAUAAAAUAUUUGACCCUUUCAAAAAACAUGAUGAUGUUAGCAAUUCAAAAAUUUCACUGUUAAUAGAUAAUAAGGAAAAAUUGGUUGAUAUUGAUCAAAUUAUACCAAUAGUAAAUAAUAAGGAACAAUGGAGUUGGUUGUAG